AUGGGUCAUCUUAGUAAUAAAACUAAUCUGUACUAUGUAUAUUCACAUUAUAGAUCUAUACGACGUAAUCGUCAGUAUACAUGUAAAAGUCGUGGUACAACAGUUGGCAGUAAAUCUGGUAUCGUAGUCUGUCGAGUGGAUAAAUCUCAUCGUAAUCAAUGUAGAGCAUGUCGAUUAACUAAAUGUCUUGAGGUUGGUAUGAAUAAAGAUGCUGUUCAACAUGAACGUGGACCAAGAAAUUCUACAUUAAGACGACAAGUUGCUUUAUUUAUGACUAAUGAUCAUCAAACUAUACCUAAAUCACAAUUAUCUCGUCAAUCAAAUCAAUUAUAUCAUCAUCAUCAAUAUCCAACAUCAUAUCAACAAUUAUCUCAAUCAUCUAUUCAUCAAUCUAUGCCAUUUUCACAAAUACCAAUAUCAACACAAUUGAUGCAUGCUAAUACUUUAUUAGAUAUGACACUUGGGAAUUCAUUGAAUACAAAUAACAUUAUUAAUGACAAAGAUACUACUACUACUAAUAAUAAUAAUAAUAGUAAUAAUAAUAAUAGUAGUGAUCAACAAUAUUCAGAAAAUUCAUUAUCAAUCAAUAAUAUAUUGAAUUUUACAAAUCCAGCUAUUCUAUGCUUAAAAUCUACAAAUGAAUCACUAUUACCUUUUUGUUCUACUACACCUUCAUUAUCAUUGUUGUCAACAUUGUCUUCUUCUUCUUCUUCUUCUUCUCCUUCUACUAUUACUAGUACUACUACUGCUACUGCGACUUCUUCUACUUCCAAUACAUUGACAACAGUUACCGCUAUGAAUAAUCCCAUGGUUACUAGCUCUACAAUAAAUAAUAAUAUGAAUGUUCUUUUAUCUAAAUCAUCAACUAUUACUAUAACAUCUCCACCAAUCUGUUCUACUUCAUCUACAAUGAAUAUAAACCAUAAUAAUUUUAAUUAUUUCAAUUAUUUACCUUCUAUGUUUCAUUUACCUAGUCCAUUUAGUUUAAAUUUUCCAAAUCAUAGUUAUUUUUCAACUAUAACUAAAUCUACAAUACCGUUAACAAUGACAAUCUCAUCAUCAAAUCCAAAUAAUCUUGAUCAUUUCAAUGUAAAAACAACAUGGAAUAAAGCGUUAGCUUUUGCUAAAUUAUGUUUACCAGAUUUAUUUACUUAUUCCAAUAUACAUUUUGAUCAUAUGGAUCAUUCUAUUGAUAAUCAAUAUAUUGAUUAUACAAAAUCAUUAUUAUAUUUUCAAUCGAUAUUAAAAUUUAAUAAUCAAUAUGAUUAUGAGAAAUCAAUAUUAUGGCCAUGGUUUAUUUCAAAUUCUAAUCAAUUUAUUGAUUCAUUAUUACAUUCAACUUGGAAUCAAAUGACCAAUACAUUAUGCCCUACAAUGCCAAUAUUGACAUCAUCAUCAUCAUCAUCAGUAACGUCCACGGUGACAUCAACUCCGAUCACUUUUCCUCAAUUACCUUAUCAUUAUUCUUCAUUAUUAAACUUGCCACAUACUAUGAUGAUGAAUAUAAAUGAUCAAUUUAAGAAUUGUUCAAAUGCAUGGCUUUUCAAUGAAAGUCAAUCAAUGCAAAGGAAAUGCGACUUAAUACAUCAAAAAGAAAAUCAACAACAUUGUCAACCAUUACCUCCAUCAUAUUCAGAAGCAAUAAAAAAUCAAAUCACUAUAUCAAAUGGAUUAUUACUACCAUCAUCGUCAACAAUGAAUGAUUUAAACAAAACUAUAUUAGAUUCAGCAACUAAUGAAUGUUCAAUGUUAAAUCAGUUCAAUGAUAAUAAUAAUCCAUACUAUUCAUAUUCAUCAUCGAUUCCUUCUUCUCCUAUUAUUAAUGGAUUAUUACCAUGUUCCUCAUUGUCUUCUAUAUCUUCCAUAUCAUAUUGUAAUAGUUUUCCAUUGAAUAAUUCAUUGAAUCCCUCUAUGUCAACAUCCUCCUCCUCCUCCUCCUCCUCCUCAUCAUCAUCAUCAUCAUCGUCGUCGUCAACAAUGACAACAACUUUAUCAUCACCGUUAAUGUCAACAUCAACCUCAUUGUCAUUAACAAAUACAACAUGUUUACCAUGA